GCCUGGAUCGCAUGGAGUGCUGUAUGUUCACUUCCUUACCACCGACCACCGAACUCAGAGCACCACAAUGAUUAUCGUGACGAAGCAAGAGCCGUUUGAUAUGCCCGGCGCUUUCCCCACUACGGAUGCGGCUGCCAUUGAAGAUCUGCCGCCACCAUACUCCGAGAGGGACGAACUCAGCACGGAACCCGGGCCAUCUACAUCGUCCCUUUGCCUCCGCACGCAUCUCGUCGAGGUACACUCUUAUUCUGGAAAUGCCAUCGAAUCGACUCAGCCCCCUCCUCGUCCUGCAUCCACCCCGAUUGCCCGCCUCCCACUCUUGGAUACUACCAGUGGCCCACCAGUCCCUGCCCAGCAUGUCACCACGCCUACCCACGCUCGAGGCGACUUCUCGUUGGUGGACUCACAAAAACCGCUUCCAAAGCUACCACUUCCAGGAAGGAGGAGUCGGGCCAGUACGUCAAGUUUGCCCUCCGUUUCUUCGGCUUCCACGUCACAAUCUCGCAAUCCCUCGACUUCUCAGUCAUGGCUGCGGAGCCCUCCGUCCGGCUUGUCAUAUGCGAGGUUUUACCGGAUGGUGCAUCACUCGAAGGGAGAGCAUCUGAGUGGCGGGUUCUUGAAGCAGCCACCGAAUUGCAGUAGUCGUGUGCACCCGUUCUUGACACACAAUGUGGACGAGGAAGACUGGAUCCGCUUUUUGGGUGAUGUUGAGAGGACUGCGUCUCCUCCUAGCCAAGCUAUGACCUUGCGAUCAUCAGGCAUGCUGAGCUCUGUUCUCGGAGCGUCGAAAGCCGGCAACUCUAGUACGUCGCUGCCAUCUGAGGAGUUGGCUUCUGUGCGCAAAACAAUAGAUGACUGGAAUAGGCACUUCUUCCGCCCUCGUCGUAUGAUGGUCCAAAUCACCAAAGAAGAUGCACCGGACCUUGCUCCCAAGACGGGUGCGUCGCGGGCUUCGAACGCAUGCGAUGCCUUCGCAGCGUCGUUCUCUUCGGCUGUUGUCGGCAGCUUCAGCAGCUUCUCGCGCAACUUGAACGUCUCGCGGAACGAGUCGGAUCCCCGUGGCAUCAUGCAGGAGGUCAAGAGGAGUAUGGACCGCGAGGCGCACUUUGCACAGAAGAAGCUGGGCGUUGCGAAGAGGAACUUCCAGAAGGAGAUCGAGGAGUCGAAGAAGGAGAUAGCAGCGUCGCUGCGGAUGUCGAUUCCUGGCUCUGGCAAGGCGAAGGAGAGCAGUAAGCCCACACGUUAUGUUUUGUUGGUGGAUUCUCUGUAACACUUGUGAGCGCUUUGCUGUACUACAAUACACUUGUAAAUUAU